AUGCACAAGCCCGUCAACCGGCAGAUCAAGGCGAGCCACGUCCGUCUCGUCCCAGCCGACGGCACCGCGUCGCGCGUGCUGCCCUUCCGCGAGGCCAUGGCCGUGGCGCGCGAGGCCGGUCUCGACAUGGUGCAGGUCGCGCAGGAGGCUGGCCGCGACGGCGGCGACCCGCUGCCGGUCGUGCGGCUCAUGGACGUGCGGCGCGUGCAGCGGGAGCGCGCGGAGAGUCGCCAGCAGAAGCAGGAGGCGCGCAGGCGCAUGAAGGAGCUGCAGGAGGAGGCCAAGGAGGCGCGGUUCGGGGUGCACAUCGAAGGCCACGACAGGUCGAUCAAGCUGCGGAGGGCUAUGCAGUGGCUGGCCAAAGGGCUGCCGGUCAAGGUGUCGUGCACGUUCCGGCCGCGGCUGGACAGCCGCGCAGACGCGGAGCGGGUGCUGGCGGAGGCCGUGAAGGAGCUGGUGGAGUCCGGUGCGGCGGAGGAGGUGCAAGGCGGGCGCGGGGGCGGGGGCGCAGCUGUGUUUGCCAUGGUGCGGGCGCCCGGGGCGGCGAAGGAGGGCGCGAGCGACGCGAAGAGCUAG